GAAAGCACUCAAAUAAUCAACGGAAAUAGCCAAUUUUAAGAGCAAGCAACUAAAUUCUGACCGAGUUCUUUGUAAAUGUGAGGCUCCGGCGGACAAUGGAGGCUCCGCGGAGGCGGGUGCGGGUGCGGCGUUGUCACGUGUGCGGAUAUAACAAAUGUAUAUAUUCCUCUACAGAACUUGGCUGGUGUUUCCCACAAUAUUUAAUCAUAUCUCUAAUUCUCAUCGUCCAAUCUUCCAAAUUCAUAGGAUUGCAAAUAUUUGCAAUACGCAUUUUUCUCAAUCUCCUUCCACGCCCCGUCAACUGCAGCCACUCCUAUUGAACUAGUCUUCAUCAUGGGCGUCUCAGAGCUUAUCGAUUCUAUCAAUCUUGCUACUAGAAAAUCUAGUGAGUUGAAAGAUGAAGAUCGAGAAAAGCUUCUUAAUGCUUGUGGAAAACUACAAUCAAGCCUAGAAGGUCCUCGAGAUAAGUUGAUGAAGAUGAUAUUCUCGUCACUUCAACCAGUAGCACUUGGCCUCGCAGUCGACAUGCAAAUUUUCGAUACAGCAGCUGCUUUGUCUGCGGCUAGGAAAGAAAUUCGAGCCGAAGACCUUGCUUUGCCAAAAGGGGCUGAUACUUUGCUUGUUGUCAGGGUCAUGAGACUUUUGGUAGGAAUGGGUUACUUCACUGAAAUGGCCAGAGAAACCUACAAACCAACACCAUUAGCAAGCGCUCUCGUCACAUCAUCUCCAUACGGCCAAGCCGUGAUUCAUUUUACAACCCAAAAUGAAGUUGUAGCCUCUCUCCCGACAUACUUUGCCAAAAAGGGUUAUCAGAACCCCAACGAUGCAUACGAUGGUCCAUUCCAGUUUGCCCGACAAACAGACCUCCAUUGUUUUGACUGGAUUGCUACUCAGCCACGUAUCCAACAUGCUUUCAAUACCGUGAUGACCAUUCCCCGCACCAUCGGUCGUACAGCAUGGUAUGAGUAUUUUCCCGUUGCGGAAAAGCUCAAGGUAAAAUCGCCUACAGAUCCACUUAUAGUUGAUAUUGGAGGAGGUAUUGGACACGAUUUGGUUCGUUUCAAAGAAGCACAUCCAAACCUUCAAGGAAAACUUAUCGUAGAGGAUAUUCCGGCAGUGGUUUCUGGUAUCACGCCAGGCUCUCUUCCUGACGGCAUUGAAGCUAAAACCUAUGACUUCUUCAAACCACAACCUAUUCACAAUGCAAAAGCUUAUUUUCUCGCCAACGUCUUGCACGAUUGGCCUGACAAGCAAGCUUGUGUUAUUCUCGAGCAGAUUAAGGAUGCUAUGGGUAAAGAUAGUAUGUUAUUGAUCAAUGAAAUUUUGAUGCAAGAAGAGAAUGUAUCAUUCGAGAGUGCCUGUACAGAUUGGAUGAUGAUGGGGGGAUUUUCGGCUUUAGAAAGGACGGAGGGGCAAUUCAAGGAGCUGAUUGAUAGUGUGGGGUUGGUUUUGGUGAAUGUUUGGGGGGCUCCAGGUGUAGAAAGUGGACCUUGGGAGGGAAGAAGACUAUUGGAAGUGAUGAAAAAUCAAUGAAUGACUGGUAGUUCAGUAUCAUUUGUUCAUUGGAUAUGCUAUCAACUCUUGUGAUUAUCAUUUCAGACACAAGAUGACGCAACUCGAUGUAACCGUAAAUAUAACUAGGUUAACAUAGAUUGAAAUCGAGAUUACCGAAUACCUUUCCUUGGUAGUACGCGGUAUCUUGUAAAGCUAGGUAGGAAUAUCAAUCAAUCGAAAAAUCGAAAGUCUGUUUUAAUCCA